UUGAAGUGUGGGCAGAUAAAGCUGCGCUAAAAGUGCGUUAUAUGUAAUUAAUUAUUUGAACGUGUUUCAAAUUGUACUAAAAAGAUUACAAAAAAUAGUGAGUUCACUAUGCAGACGAAUAAAGUAGAAAAGGAGAAGUUAGAAGUGAAUAAAGAAUUUAAGAAAAAGCGCAUGGUUUCAAAAACGUUGUAUGAUCAAAAAUUUACUGCACCUUUAAGAAAAAAGCGCAAAAGUGUAUACGAUCCGAUAGAAGAGGCUAGGUUAGAAAGAAUCGUAUUUGGUGAUCCAAGUGAUAUCAUAAAUAACUUAUCAAAUGACAAAGAUUUUGACGAACCGAAUGUUAACAAAAGUGAUAAGGAUUCCCCUACAGAUAAUAAUAUUAAUAAUGAUUCGAGCACACACAAUGAUACUUGUGAAAGAGAUUGCAAAAAGGCAGCAUGGAUUGAUGAAGAUGACACACAAUAUUCAGUACAAGAUGCUGCAAAAGCACAAAAUCGUCGAUUACCCAAUGAUGUACCAGAGAAAUUAUAUAAAGAUUUUUUGCAUAGCAAAUAUAAGCAACUUGUAGGAACUCCAAAAUGGGCUGAGCUCAAAACAGUUGACACAGAGUCUGAUGACUUGAAUAAUGAAAUAUUAAAGCAUAGUUGCCAUUUGGAAAAACCUAAAGUAAAAAAUUUGCCAAGUAGUAUAAUUGAUAUAAAAGCAUUGUCACUAAUUAAUAAACAAACGCAUACAGAGGGGCCUGUUGUAACAAGUGUUGAAUUUCAUCCAUCUUCUACUGUAGCCUUGGUUGCUGGUACAUCUGGAAUUUUAUCUCUUUUUCAAGUGGAUGGUAUUGAAAAUAACAAACUGCACACAAUGCAGUAUAAGAAGUUUCCUAUUAGUAUUGCAAAAUUUUUGAGAGAUGGUACAGAAGUAUUACUUGGUUCGCAGUAUUAUCCACAUUGUCAUUCCUAUAAUUUAAUAAGUGGGAAAACAUGUAAAAUACUCUUACCACAUGGAAUUACUAAUAUGCAGAAAUAUGAAGUAUCUCCAGAUGGAAAAAUGUUAGCACUUUGUGGACGAUUAGGUGACAUCUUCUUAUUAACAAUUUCAUCUAAAGAGCUUAUUGGUACUUUAAAGAUGAAUGCAAGGUGUAGAUCAUUGUGCUUUACACCAGACAGUAAAACACUUAUUACACAUGGUGAUGGUAAUGAGAUGUAUAUUUGGGACAUAAAUAGUCGCGUAUGCAUUCAUCGAGCAAUAGAUGAUGGAUGUUUGUCCUGUGCGUCUAUCGCGAUGUCUCCAAGUGGACAAUUUUUAGCAACAGGUAGUAAAGAAGGUGUCGUUAAUUUGUAUGAUACGAAAACAGUUUUAGAGAAACGGAAUCCUGUUCCUUUAAAAAUCGUUUUGAAUUUCGUAACAUCGAUUACUAAUUUAAAAUUUAACCCCUAUUCUGAAAUCUUAGCAAUGGCUUCAGAUAAAAAACAUAAUGCGUUUAAAAUGAUGCAUUUACCAUCAUGUACUGUCUUUUCCAAUUUUCCGACAUUUCAAACAAAUAUAUCAAUGCCAGAAGCCAUUGACUUUUCACCAGGUAGUGGUUAUUUAGCAAUUUCCAACAAAUCGAGCAGUGCUUUUCUGUACAGAUUAAAACAUUAUGGAAAUUAUUAG